UUCAUCAUCACAUUACAUAGCAUUAAGAUAUUUUCGUAGCUUAUGAAUAUACCUUGUUUAUGUCUUGUGGGUACUCUUGCAAUUGAUCUAUUCCACUUAAUUUCUGAAAUUAUUAACCCACACUAUUCAGAAUACCUGGCAACCCCAUCAUUAUUCAAAGUCAAGCGCGCGCCACAACGAAGAGUAGUCGAGUUGUUGUUGACCAGCUAAUAGCUAUUUAACGCCGUCAGAUUUAAAUUCUAAUGUCUUCAGUUGUGAAAUGUUGUGGUUUUGAUAAUGCUUUUUAGCUAGGGUAGGUCUGUCUUUCUCUUACUUCUCUGUUACUUCUGCGUUUGAUUUGAGACUAACUUUAGUUCCCGCUGCUUAUUAGUAGCUAACAGCCGAAAGGACUUGGGUAAUACCAUAGCUAUAAACUUAGCUGUCGCGAAUUGUGGAGUCUGUUUGGAUAUCAAACGUAAACAAAAUAACGUUUUGUAGCAUUUCACUGGAACACAAAAACAGCAAUGUCUUCAUCGCAGGACGCUUGCGAAGUUUGGCUUGACACGACAGAACUAAAAGAAAAGAAACGGGAGAAACGGAAACGACAAACGCGUCCUAUUUCCAAACUUCUUAACCCUCUGGCUCGUGGUGGUGGUUACAGUGUGGCAGUGGCGCUAAAUUUCACGCAGACUGUACACGCCAUGCCUGCGACCAAACAGAGCACCAUAUCCUCGUUCUUUAGCCCUCAGCGCAAAGAUGCUGAACAGAAGCCAACUUUCCCUCCUUACAAGGCUUGUGUAAAUGCAUCAGACACAAUCCCCAUAAAAUCUGCCGAGAGACUGUCAGUGACAGAUUUUGGAUGUCAAACCUCUAUCAAGAACUCUGACACCAUUUUUGAACGUCACACAUCUGAUAUGACAAGUUCCCGAGAUUUUGGUGAGCAUUCAGUUCAUUUAUGUGAAAAAGACCAUCUCAUGUAUUCUGGUAACUGGAAAAAAGAGCAGACCUUCCUGCAUUUGAUCAGAGGAUAUGAGUCCGGCGAAGAAGUUGAAGAACCUCAGGGAAAGAGAAGGCUUUCUGAACUCUGUUCCAUCCCUGUAUCGGCAGGCAAACAAACCUCAGUCCAGUGCCUGCCUAUUCCAGAAACAUUGCCCCUGAGCCAAUGGGAGCACAAUGACCAGGACUCCCAGUGCCACAAGACUGUACAUCAGAGAAACAUCCCAGUAAGAGAAGAUAGUGUGUCCCAGAUGAGUGAGAGGGAUUUCAGGGCUCAGAUGCCCCUUGCUGAGCACACCUCAACUCAGAGAAAAGUCUGUUCCCCCUUGCGCUCACCUACUAAGCAUACAGGGAAAGAGAACUGCCCAUCUAGUACAGCUAGGUGGCAGGAUUUGGGAAAGAGUCGAUCACCACUGAAGAGGAGACCUCUGUCACCCAGCAGCCCUGCAGCUAAAUCUAGGCCAUCGGAGACGACAAAGUGUUCGUCGCCUCGGAGAUCGGUCUUAAAAGUUGCUCAGAAGGAGACUGAAACGGACAGCAUGGCUUCACUUUUCACACAGGACACUCAGGGCUUCCGCGUGAUUGCCCACAGAAACCACCAAUCAUCAUGGAGCCCUUUGAAGGACUGGACUAAUAAUUCUAGUCGGGGUGGUGGCUGGAAGGGGUCAUCUGAUGAAGACACCGAUCAAGAAUUGGAAGCAGAGAUGCUGUUCACCCAAGACUCUCAAGGAAAUCUGGUUAUAAAGCACUGACCAAGCUCCAAACAGAGAGGUACAAAUAAUCUGUGUAUUUUCGUACUAAUUUUGAUUUCGAAAAACUUUUUUAAUUGUGAAGUGAUACAUUUUCAUCCCAGUAUGUCAUACUGUAUAUUUGCCAGGAUAUAUUGUGUCUAUACUCUAUACCUCUCAUACCUCAUCUUCAAACAUGCACCUUCAUCUUCAAUAAAGAUAAAUAAUCAUACAAGCACGCAAUGUAUUUGAAAGAGAUGCAAUAAGUGCAUUUUCAAUUACCACCACUAAUCAGUGUUAUGUGAAAUACAGUGUUUAUCAAGGCUGAUAUAUUUCAUGUUUUCAUGAUGUG